UAUGGAGACCUUGUCCCAAAUAGCAAAGUCCCCAAACUAGUUGCAUGUGCUUUUGUCUUCUCUGCUAUGGCGCUUGUUGGGUUAAUACUUAGUAAAGCAACAGAUUAUCUUGUUGAAAAACAAGAGUUUGUUAGUUACCACCUGCAUUAAAAAGCCGGAGAAAGGGAGAUUUUCAAAGAGCUUGAAAAUAACAGAGUGAAAUACAAGUUUUCUAUGACUUUGAUCCUUCUUUUGUUGCUAAUAUUGGUUGGGACAAUUUUGUUAUACAAAUUUGAGAAGUUGGAUCUUGUUGAUGCUUUCUAUUGUAGUUGUUUUACUAUCAAAGCUUUAGGAUAUGGUGAUAAGAGCUUUUCAACUGAAAUGGGACAUGUAUUUGCUGUGUUUUGGAUAUUGACAAGCACAAUUUGCAUAGCUCAGUUCUUUCUAUACUUAGCUGAGCUAAAUACUAAACGGAGGCAACAUUUGCUAGUCAAAUGGGUUCUGAACCAGAGAAUGACAUACACAGAUCUUGAGGCAGCUGAUCUCGACGAUGAUGGGGUUGAGGUUGUUUUUGUCUCGAUGGUAUGCACACUUGGAAAGGGGAGAAUGGCAGCUAUGGUGAGGCUUCUGGAAACUGGAAACUUCUCGGAAAUCACAGCAGGUACUCUUGAGAUUUAUUCUUGCCCCCUGACAUCCAUGGUUCGAGGACUGUGGUAAAUCUAUGUGCUGGGUGCAGUUUAGGAAAUCAAGUUGACAAGCAUCAAGUAAUAUCUGCAUCAUAAAGGGAAAUCAUAGAGAGUGUAAUUAUUUAUUGGUGUUGUAGAAAAUCAUAAAUUUAAGCUGAUGCCAAUAUUAGAAAUAAUGGCUUCUAUGGUUGUUUCAUGUAUG